CACCACAAAGUCACAUCGUGUCCUGGUUUUAACGAGCUCAGUAGAGUCAGUGUAUCCGAAAUGUUUUAAUUUGUAUGUUUCACACCGGUUUUCGGUUACGACUGAUGCGCUCGGGGCUGCGUUUUACCCCCCUAACAACUCCAACUUUGUGCACCGGCUGUUGCUCCCAGAGCUGGAGGGCUGCUGACGCUGCGAACCGGUCCGCUGCAGCCCGGUUCUCUUUACGCACAGGGACUCUGCACACCGGAGAGGAAAAGACUGAUACGAUGAACCGUACGUCUUAGUUUGGGCUCGACGAUCGGAAAUCUACUCUGACAAGUUGGGACGCUGACUCGCCGAUCUGCUCGCCGCUGGUUGAAGGAAAAGUGCUGCCAGUUUGUUUCUAUCCUCGAGAAAAAGACAAGAAAAAGGGGACGUUUUUUCCUUCUCAACUUUAUUAUAAAGUCGAAUGUCCAUGAUGAGCAAACCCGCCGGCUCAACAAGUGGCUGUCUGGAUAUUCUGAAUGUCAAAUCAAGUCGGAUUCUGGACAUCCCAUGCAAAGUGUGCGGCGACCGCAGCUCGGGGAAACACUACGGUGUUUACGCGUGUGACGGCUGCUCGGGAUUCUUCAAGAGGAGCAUCCGCAGAAACAGGACCUACGUGUGUAAAUCUGGCUCGCAGGGUGGCUGUCCCGUAGACAAAACUCACAGAAACCAGUGCCGAGCGUGCCGUUUGAAAAAGUGUCUAGAAGUGAACAUGAAUAAAGACGCCGUCCAGCACGAGAGGGGGCCCCGGACGUCCACCAUCCGCAAACAGGUCGCCCUAUAUUUCCGGGGCCACAAAGAGGUGAACGGAUCAUCGACCCAUUUCCCGGGAUCCUCUCUGCCCGGCCCUCCCUUCUUCACAACGGUCACGCAACUGGAGCCUCACAACCUGGAGAUGGCCACCACACCGGAAAGACAGGCCAUUGUGGGUCUGGCACAGCCCACACCGAAGUACCCUCAUGAAGUCAGCGGCACCCCCAUGUACCUCUACGAGGUGGCGACGGAGUCUGUGUGCGAGUCGGCGGCGCGCCUCCUUUUCAUGAGCAUCAAGUGGGCAAAGAGUGUUCCCGCAUUCUCCACCCUGCCUUUAUCUGACCAGCUGAUUCUGUUGGAGGACGCCUGGAGGGAAUUAUUCGUUCUGGGCAUCGCGCAGUGGGCCAUCCCUGUGGACUCCACGACUCUUCUUGCUGUUUCUGGAAUGAACACUGAAAACACAGAGUCUCAGCGGAUGAAUAAGAUCAUAUCUGAGAUACAAGCACUGCAGGAGGUGGUCACCAGGUUCAGACAGAUGCGGCUCGAUGCAACAGAGUUCGCCUGUUUGAAAUGUAUCGUGACAUUUAAAGCUGUUCCAACGCAUGGUAACACUGAGUUAAGAAGUUUCCGCAACGCCAGCGCCAUCGCUGCACUACAAGACGAGGCGCAGCUCACUCUCAAUAGUUACAUUCACACCAGGUACCCUACUCAGCCGUGUCGCUUCGGGAAGCUGCUCCUGCUCCUGCCGGCCCUGCGCUCGGUGGGCCCGUCCACCAUAGAGGAGGUGUUCUUCAAGAAGACCAUCGGAAAUGUGCCCAUCACCAGGCUCCUCUCCGACAUGUACAAAUCCAGCGAUAUAUGAAUUCUCUCACCAUCAGGAAAAAAAGACAUUGAGCUGAAGAGAGAGAGAGAGAGAGAGAGCGAGAGACCCACCCAGCAGUCGACAGAAUGUCAAAUCAUAGCAGGUGGUUGAAUUAUUGCUGAGCACAAAUCUCUUAAAAUAGCCUGUUUAGGCCUAGGCUCGUUUCAAACAAAGACUGCAACACAGCCGGAAGUCACCGAGUAGCCUGUUAACAGUUGCUCUAUAGUUAAGGAUUAGCCUGUAACUUGCAUUAUAGAAAUACAUGUGUGAUACUGAAAAAACGCAAUUUCUACUGUGGGCUCUGGCAACCCCACAGUGAUCAAAUAUUAAAGACUCUGGAAAGCAUCUGCCAAGUAUGUCUGACAAAGAAAUGUUAUAUAUUAAGAAGUUUUUCGAGUGUCUGUGAGACCAAUGAGCUUGACGACCAAUUCAGUCUUUUAUUGCUGUGAUCAAUCCCAAUGGAGGAAACCAAAAAAAAGAAAAAAGAAAAAAAGAUGACGCAUGCGUAAUGGAGGGGUCGCUGUCCCUCGAUCCGGUGCUGAAACCAAACGCACGGAGAAGAGGCGCCAACUCUGUGAAGAAUUAAAGGGGGAAUACAGACUUUUAAAGGACAUGCUCGCAUUGCCUCCUGACUGUACAUUCAUCUGAAGACGGUGUUUGUAUUUAAGUGUCCUGUUUGUGCUGGUGUGUGCUGUUUGAGGCUGUUUUAGGUCGACUUUUGUGAAGUUAGGCACUAACACUGGAUAAAAUAAUAUUCAGCACUUGGAAAUGUUUUUGUGGCCUGUGAUGUUUCUAUUCUGAUGUAAAUAUUUGGAGUUAUAACUAUUUAGAGUUGUAACCGAGAGAAUAAAAGACACUGAAUAAUUAAAAUGCUUUCAAAUAAUCUAGAUAUAAAACUAGCAGCUGAAAGUUGUUUAUACAAGACAUCAUUGGAAAAAAAUAAUGGUGUUGUUUUCAGAUAAACAUUUUUUUUAUAAGGGCUAUGUAUUUCCUUUUUAGCCAAUACCAAUGAAUAAUAACUACUCGGAUGUCUUAUGGCUCAUACAGAUAAGAUAACCAGUUCAUAACCUGUAGUUUAUGCACACCCAAGGGUAAAAAAAGGCCAAGAUACAGUAAAGAAAGAUGGAUUAUUGAAUAUGCAAUGGCUCCGAAACUUACUGUCACAAAAAGACAUUUCUUCAAAUUUCUAGUAAAGUUGAUUAAGAAACUUGACAUUAUUUGGCCUUUAUAGAGUUGAGAUUAAAUGCUUUGCACAAUUUGUCAAAACACACAUACCAAUGUAUUAGACAUUCAAUACAAAAAUCUAGGUUUUUAUAGAACCGAAGGUCUAAAGUAUGGCUGUAGAGUCUGCAGAUAAAACACAAUAACAAAAGACAUAAAGAAAUUGAAAAGGCUUUGGGAACAGCUGUUCGAACUCACUGAAAGCAAUCCGGCCUUGUAUUAUCAGUUGUAAUUUCAUUAUCGCUAUAAUACAUAACAUACAUGUCCCAUUAUCAGCCCAAUAUAUAUUGUGCAUCUCAAAUAAUGUUAAAAGUACAAUUACAAAAGGUUUCCCAGGAUUACUUCAUAAUAUGGAAACAAAACACAUGUUUAACAGUUAUGAAUAUAAUUAUGAAGAAAUGGUUCUGCCUGAGUUUAUGUGAUUUGUUAGCACUUCUUGGAGCAUCAAUUUAACAAUUGUCCUUCAAAAAUGAGUUGUUACAUUCAUUUACAUUAUGCCAAAUUAGCUGAAAUCCAGUUACAUUAAAAAAAGAGCAUUUUAGAUCCUGAAAUAUGAAGCUGGUAGUCAAAUGAAAACAUUUAAUAUUGCUAAUACGAGACCCACCAUUCAUGUUCAUGUUUACAGCUUUGGAUGGCACAAAUAUACAGUGACAACUGAGUGUAAAUAAGACACAUUAUUUCUUACUAAGGUCACAAUACCAACAUUUUAAACUCCUAUACUGCCCUACAAAGCAUAACUGCAGUAACUACAUUUUUGGUCGACAUUGAGUUAUAACUAAAAAUGAACUCCACAAUGUCUGUUUUAUCUUAUGACAAGUUUUAGAUUUCAAUUUUGCUUUAUUUCAGAGAGAUAAUGAUACAAAAAUUGCAGUUACUUCAGAAUCUAACUCAAAACCAAAGCAGAGUGAACUUACUGUGGUCUUCUUUGACUGUGAUACAGUGUAGCCUUGUAUUUCUUCCUUGUGUUGAACAGUGAAGGCAAGAAUAAUAUAAAUGAUACGUUUAUUUGAAAGGGAAAUUAUUAUCUAGAUAGUGAUCAAGUAAAAAAGUGAGAUAGAAUUAUAUUAAGACUAAAAUAUAACAUUACUUUAUUAUAUUAAGUCUAUAAUACGCAAAUCUUUGUGUGUUUAUCCACUGAAAACAAAAUAUAAAAGCUGAACUAAGACAACAGCA